UCAAAAUACCAGUCUUUAUUGAGAUUCGAACACAGGACCCAAGGUUCGGAAGCCAAGCACUUAACCACUCAGCCGCCAAGUCCUCUGACAUAGACACGAUGUCCUGCAAGAGAAAAACUCCAUUUGAUAGAAAAGUGUGUAAAAUAUUCAAACCAGACAAAAACUGUACAUUCAUUUCUUUUGCAAAAGAACUCAUUGAUCAAACUGUUUUUCCAUAUUAUCCCCCUGACCUAGCAGACUUUAUCAGUCUUGGGGAUGAGAAUCAAGAUACAGAUUCUCAUCAUUUCACCAGUGACCAGUCCAAGGUCCAGUCAGAUGAUGUUGAAGGUCUACUAAUUGAUGAUCAUGAAACUCAGGAGUCAGAAGGUGAAAAAGCUGAUCUUCACAAAUAUCUUGUGGGCUGUGAGAAGAAUCCAGUUUGUCCAAAGGAUAAGACUGACCUAGCAGACUUAUACAGUUAUGGGGAUGAGAAUCAAGAUACAGAUCCUCAUCAUUUCACCAGUGACCAGUCCAAAGUCCAUUCAGAUGAGGUUAAAGGUCAACUAAUUGGUGAUCAUGAAACUCAGGAGUCAGAAGGUGGAGAAGCUGAUCUACACAAAUAUCUUGUGGGCUGUAAGAAGAAUCCAGGUCAUAGCCAGUUUAUACCUGUUGAUACAUUCACCUUGAAACAUUUACCUAAAGGUCUUCAAGUCAAAGAUUUGUAUGAACACAUCAAAGUUACAGCUGACCUCACAGUUAGAGUUAGUGUUACAAUGUCAAGUCCAGACAGACCAAAGUUUUGGCCAAAGACAACUCGACCAUAUCCAUUUUCUAACAUGAGUGAGAGAAGAAACUUCUGGACAGGAAGUGGAAGAGUGAGGUAUGUAAACAAGUUUCAAGAUGGAGUCAGACAAGAUGGAGGAUUUGGACGUACUGACUACACAAAGUGUUGGUGUAGAAAAUGUGAAGGUUCAAACUCACCCAGCAAUGUGUGGUGGGAGUUUCAAGUGUACACAGCCACACAUGUGGUUUUUGAUGACAUUGAGGCCAACCACACAACCUUGAGAUUGUUUUAUGAUAGAGAUAACAGUCCAAUGGUCAGUGUUAAUAAGGUCAGUGUUACAUGUGUAAACAUUGAGGAUGACUGGUGUUGGUUGAACUGUGUGACAUGUGAUGAAACUUUAGGAAAUAAACUGAUGGGAAUGUGGAAACAUUAUGAAAAUGUCAGGGGGAAAGUCUGGAACAAAUACUUGGCUUCUAGAUCUUCACACAAGUUGACCUUUAUAGUGUCACAUCCUCAUGGAUGUUCUAAACAGGUCAGUGUUGGUCAAUGGAAGGACAGACCAGAGGUGGGUGGUAGCUCUAAGUUUACUUAUACAACUUGCACAUGUCCAGGAAGUAGUGGAGCACAAGUCCACUGUCUGGGGUAUAAAGACUGGGCUUGGUCUGAUCAUGUCCACGGUGGAAGUUUCAAGUCUGGAUUAAAUUACUGUGCAGUUGCUUAUUUCUUGUGAGUUGUUUCCCUUGUGAGUUGUCCAGCUCCACCAUGAAGAUGUCUUUGAGAACCCUUGGCAUUCUAAAUCUCUAACUUAAAUGUCUCUUUAGUCUUGAGAUGUGUAAAUAAAUUGUGUAUGUUAUCUUUAAAUUUA